AUGGAGGAGCUCAAUAGGGAACCCAUGUCGUUGGUUGAUGUAUCUACCAAUUUGGUUGCUGUUUGUGAUUUCAUCAUAAAGAAUCAACAUGAAAAUCUCACAAAGGGGAACCAAAAUGAAUAUUCAAAGAAUGGGAAAAAGUAUAAAAUGACCUCUAGGGGGAACUUUAUUCGAGUUCAAGAUGAGGAUAAGCAUCUGGUUCUCUCAGAAUCUUAUGAGGAUUUCAAAUAUAACUAUUCCAUUUUAUCUUGUUAUCAUAUCUUGAAACAAUGUGGUAAUCUCUUGAAAGAUUACCGUCAAUUGGCAUUGGCUAUAAUCUUCACGUCAAGAGAAAUCGAAUUGAAUAAAUGGCAUGAUGAUACAUCCAAAGUCUCGUCACCCGAAAACGCCAAUUACGAGAUCUUCUCUAAUGAGGACGAAUCCCUAAACUAUAUCUCCGAUAUAGAUUCCAAUACAAGAUCACAUUUGAUUCUCUUGGGUACGAUGAUUUUAACGGCAACGAAAAUUAAUUUUUUUCAAACAGAUCACAACGUCACCUCCCCAUCUCUUGAAGGUUAUGCUUUGAAAAGAAUCAUGUCUGAGAAUUUUGGCGAACAAUCCUUAACCUCCCUAGACGUUUAUAAUGCAUUACGUGCAUUCUCUCAUUGGUGUUCCAUUAGGGGGAUAUUCUAUAAACUGGACUUACCAAAUGUCGCCGUUGACUCAAUGCUUAUUCAUAAAUUCCAGUCCUUCCCCGAAAUUCCUCACUGGAUCAAAGAAAGUACAACGGGGAGAUACCCAGCAGGAUGUUCCAAGAUCGCCCUCAUCAAGAAAUCCCUCGUGACUAUAUCAAACUCAAUAUAUGGUCACUUUAUUAAAGUUCCUGAAAAUCUCAAAGUUAAAGACUUGUUGAAAUUAUGUCAGGAUAUCGAAAAUGAUCCUCUUAAAUACCACAUUCGUUCGAGUUCCUUGAUGAUAACUACUAACCAAAGUUUGGAAGUUAGUAAACUCUUCCCCAACUCUUCACAAUGGAUUGAGUUUGUAUCUUGUGUUCUUCAGGCAAUUGGUAACUAUCGUCUCCAUCAUGAGAACAAACUACUUAUCUCGAAUAAAAUUCUAAAGGUCCAUAAAAUUAAGGACAAGCCCGUCUAUAAAAAUACUCUUCAGUUGGUCAACAAAAUAAAAGAAAUGGAAAGGAGCAACUCAGAUAUAUCCGAUGAGAAAAUCAUCCAGCUUUUAGGCGGCUCAGUGACAAAUUCUAUUUCCCAAAUAUGCAAGAUGUAA